AUGAAUAAUUCACACCCAACCAAUCGCCUUACGGUUUCGUCACUCCUGUCUCCACCAGAGAUGGAGCGCUCCAACUCCUUCGGCUCUGCAGUCCCCUCAAUAGCCUUGCAGUAUCCCAAGGUCGACUCCAGCGUCAACACACAAUUUCACCUCCCACAGCUCCCAAUGUUCAAGAUGCCCGCGUACGCCUCGCCGCCAAUCUCGCCAUUCGACACACAAUCCCAGAAGGAGAACAUGGACAAUGCUAACGAGCAGGGCACACUGGACCCCCCAUUGUUUCGCAGGGAGUCAGCAACAGAUGCCCUUGCUCCCGACGUGCCUUUGUUCUCGUCACAGCCAUCGUCACAGGAGGUGAUUGCUCAACACAUGAACUCCACGAACUACGCAAAGCUCUCUAGCAAGCCAGCCGAGGAAGAUUACAAGCUCAUUGCACAGUUCCAGGCCACAGUAUUUAGCCAGGCUCUCAAGAACCGGACAGCGUACAAAACAUGGCGUGCACAGGAGCGUAAAUUUGAGGAACGCUACAGUAAACCCGCUGUACAAGCUGGCGGUAUCUACAAGCGCCCUUCGCCAAAGAAACUUGCCCCUGCACCCGCCCCUAGAUCGCGUCAGCCAAAGGUUGCCUUGCCCAAGGUGGCUUCUCGUCCUGCUCGUGAACCUAAGCCUAAGCGUACGCCCAAGGCUCAGAUUCUCAACUCAUUCGAGGAGCACAUUGGCAGCGUUUCGCCCAAGACUCCGCGUCCCACAACCACUCGCGAUGACCUUGAGUACAACGCCAUCCCCGACUACUCUCCACCACUCGCGACGCUCGUUGGCAAUGAGAAGAAGCUGAAGGCUGAGUGGAAAGGCAACAAGCUUGACCUUUCCAACGACGCCGACCGCCACCUUCUACACGAGGCUGAGCUCGAGCUUGCUUCCACGCUCCGCCUCAGCUGCGCCACCUAUCUUUGCAGCAAGCGACGUGUCUUCCAGGCUCGCAUCAAUGCCCUAAAGAUCGGCAAGGAGUUCCGCAGGACCGACGCCCAGCAAGCUUGCAAGAUCGAUGUCAACAAGGCUAGCAAGCUUUGGCAAGCCUAUGACAAAGUCGGAUGGUUCGAUGCCGACUACUUCCGUCAGUAUCUCUAG